AGCUCAAGGUGGGUGAUGUGGUACCGGCCACUUCCCUUCCACAGCACUAGCCAGUCUGGUUUCUGAUCCAUCAUGGGUUGGUGGUGAGAGACUGUUACUACCCGCUGUUGGCUGUUCGGCAGCCUGCAUGCAAAAAGCUGAGUUGCUGGGUCCGGUUCCUAGUGGACACUGAGCAAAAGUUAAUCCUCCUUGUGAGGGAAGGUGCAUUUUAUAGGUGGAGAAAUCGAGAUGCAGGCAAGCUUAGUGACCUAACUGUGUCUGCAGAGUGAGGCGAUAGGUUGGUGAUGACAGCUGGAGAGUGAGAGAGGCCAGCCUGAUCCAGUGGGUGAAAUUUGAAGCUAAACAAACUGGAAAUAAGGUUGGAUAGCGCUAUACAAUGGAAAUCAGCCACUCUGUCAAAGAGCGCACCAUUGCUGAGAACAGCCUGGUUAUCCUACUCCAAGGCAUCCAUGGCUAUAUCACCACAGUUGACCUUCGCGACGAGAGCACAGCAGUGGGCCGCAUCACCAAUGUGGAUGCCUUCAUGAACAUUCGCCUGUCCGAAGUGACCUUCACAGACAGACAAGGCAGAGUCUCCCAGCUGGAUGACCUGUUUGUGACGGGCAGGAAUGUUCGCUACGUCCAUAUCCCUGAUGAAGUGGAUAUCAGGGCCACAGUGGAGAAGCAGCUGCAGUUGAUCCACAAAGUACGCUACUUUGGUGGCAGAGACAAAGGGAGAAAGGAAUUCCCUACAGCAAAGUACAAGUAAACUCUCCAGCCUCAAAGUAGGGAUUUCAACACCUUUGUAACAUCACUCCCGCUUGGGUACAGGAAACCUUCCUGUCUCUCUUGCUGCGGUUUUAAAGAACAAGCAUGUCUGAGAGAUUCUCCUGUUUGGUUGGUUAUUUCAAAUUCCUCCUGUCAGUUAUAGAGAUUUGGUUUUGAUUUCUUAAGGUAGCUUCCAGAUGCUGGUGUUACAGUGAGAGGAAAUGCAGAAAUCUGUACGUUUUUAAAAAAAAAAA